GGAGCGCCUGCACGCCCUCCUCCGCGGCGCUCGCGCUCACCUCCGCGGCGCCUGCGGGCACGGAGAUGGAGCUUCUCACCUCCUGCUUCCCGUGCUGCUGCCCACCGGAAGCCGCCUCACGCGUCACCUCCGAGCUCAAGCUGAUCGAGGAGCCUGGCGUCCGGCCGCCGUACCACCACCGCCUCGGCUCGACGCUCAGCGUGGACGGCGACGCGGGCGAGACGCCGACCUCGUCGGGCGCCGGCCCGAGCAGCGGCGGCGGCGACACGCCGCCGCACCUCUACCCUUCCGACACCGCCAAGCUGCUCCCUGGCGAGGGCGCGCCCGCCGGCGCGAUCCGCUUCAAGGCGCCGUUUGGGCUCAAAAAGACCAACUCGUGGCCGCGACGAGGCCACGCCAACGCGCCGGCCCCCGAGGCGGUCGGCGUGACGCCGGCCGCGCGCAGGCAGGGCACGCGCAGCGAGAUCGAGCCGCUCUCCGACACGGACGAGUCGGAGACGCGCGAGCCGCUCGUCGGCGCGGCAAAGCGGCGGCAGGACGACGGCGGGGAGCCGCUCUCGGCGAGCCCGCCGCUGCCGGGGGCCGCCACCUGCCGCGCCGACUUCGCCCACCCGCUGCACCGCCGCACCCACUCCUCCGACCUCGCCGACGGCCUCGACGUCAGCGGCGAGUCGCCCUCCUCGGCGAUGGAGGCGAUCGCCGGCGCGACCGUCGCCUCGGUCACCGUCGACCUGCGGGAGGGCCUCGGCGAGGGGGAGGCGGCGGGUCGGGCCGGCGCUCCGUCCGCGCUCCCCCCGUCCGCGCUGCCGGACGGCGUGGUCGACGGCUCCCCCCUCCGGCCCGACCAGCCGACCGCGCGCCCCUUUCCCGCGCCGCCAGCCUUUGAGCUCCCUCUGGCUCGGCCUGCCGCGCCCGAGGCGCACCCGAGCGAGGCAAGCGCGGCCCAUCCCCAGCCCCCAGCCACGCCGCAGCCUCCAGCGCCGCUGCCGGCGGCGCCGCUGCCCGCCGCCGUCGAGCCGGCCGCCCCGCCGCCGCCCGCCCUGCCGCCCGCCCUGCCGCCGCCCGGCGACGCUCGCAUCGAGGAGGCGGAGCCGCCGCCGCCGCCGCUCGGCUCGCGGCCCCUCACUAUUGCUCCGGCCGCGCGGCCCGUCGAGCCCGUCGCGCCGCUCAGCACGGCUCCGCCUCUCGCGCCAAAGACGCCCUCGGCGGCGGAGCUGAUGCGGCCGCGGCCCGAGGGAGCCGCGAGGCGAGAGCCCUCCCCUCGGCAGCCCUCCCCUCGCCGCUCGCCCCGCUCGUCGAGGAAGCUCGGCCGCUCGACCUCCGCCUCGUCGUCGGAGCUCUCGUUCGGCAGCGGCAGCAGCGCGGUCCGCCUGCUCCCGGCGCCCCUCAACAAGAACCGCGUCUGCGAGUACGGCUGGCUCACGCCGCUCCUCUCGUCGCUGGUGGCGAGCCAGGCGGCCGGUGUGACGGACCUCGCUUCCGGCACGCCGGGCGCCACGCUCUUCGUCGUCUGCGGCGGCUGCCCAAACUCGUUCUGCGGCAUGCAGGCCGUCCUCUACACGCACAUGCGCAGCUCGCCGCCGGAGCUCGACUUUUGGUGGAUCAAGCCGAAGAAGGAGGACGGCUCGACCCUCGAGCGCGCCACGCUCGACCGCCACUCCAAGGGCGAGCACAAAAACGACCCGGGCCGCUCGCGCGCGCUGUACGCGCAGUUCGCAGACCUGUUCGCCGUGGGCGGCGGCGCCGAGGCGGCGGCGCGCGCCUCGCGGGCGGGCGGAGGCAAGCUGCGCUUCGAGGUUGUGGGUGCGUCGGGGCCGGCGCCGCGCGCGCUCAUCGUCGACGUCGAGUCGCGCGCGCACUACUACAUCUACCUCAUCUGGCAGGAGGAUUGGACCUCCAACCCGUUCGCGCGCUCAAAGUACAUCAAGGGCAAGCUAGUCUACCAGCGGGACCCGACCGUGCCAGAGUACUUCGCGCGGCCGUACGCCUACCGCGACGGCGUCCUGUCCGUGCCGCCGCACGCGGAGCUCGAGGAGGCGGUGGCGGAGCCGAUGCCGACCGACGCCAUCCAGAGCCGCUGCCUCGACGACUCGUGAGGCGGUAGAUGAGGCGGGGGGCGGGGCGGGGCGUCGGCCGCGGCGGGCGGCAGGCGCAUCGCGGCUCGCUAGCGGGCAGCCGCCUCGGGGCAGCCGCGCGCCGGCUCUCGGGCCGGGGCGGUAAGCCCGUGAAUAGUCGCUAGCGAGAGCGUGCGAGUGUGUUGGGCGCCGGCGUGGUGGCGGUCAGGCGGUGUGGUUCGCGGUCGAGGCUCCCAGGCUCCGCGCACCGCGGUAUUCAAACCUCGGCUCCGAUAUACGGGGCGGUCGGCGGUCGCA